AACGGGAAAAAGAAAAUUAAAAUUCAAAAACAAGCGCUCCUCCUUCCUUUCUUUACUUUUCCUUCUCUGUUCGUUUGUUUUUAUUGAUUUUAUUGUCAUAUCACACAUCCGUUUGUAAGUGAGUCAGGCAGUAAAAUAUUGUCAGGGCGAGGGGGAGAAAAAAGCAACUUCCCUCGCUCGCUCAGCAAGCACAAGAGGAAGAAGAAGAGAGAUCUGCUCUCUUCACUUCCCCUGGUAAGCCACAACACACACACACACACACACACACACCCACACUCUUGCCUCUCAUAUUCCUCUCAUUCCUCCCUUUUUUUAUCCAUUAAAACAAAGCAAUCUUUUCUUCUUCGCUUGCUGACACCACACCAGAUGAGAUCUAUUCACUAAAAACAUUCUUUGUUUGGUAACUGGUUUCCUAAGAAUUCAGUGAAAUGAAUUCAAUCUUUGAACUGCCCUUCCUUGCCUUACGAACAUCUUUUGUGGACUGAGAAAGAAUUCACAGUGUCUGUUCCUGGUGUUUGAUUUCUAGGUUUUUAUUUUUUCCAACUACAACUCAGUUGAUUCUGCCUUCCACCCUUUGAGAAUCUUUACGCCCAUUUCCUUUUAUUAUCAUCAAUUCUUUUUUAUCUCUCUCUCUCUUUUCAAGUCUUUUCAAUGGAUAUCUUUUGUUGCUGACUCACUGUAGUAUCCCUUAUGAUUGGUAUUCUGCAAGCUUAUGCUACUGGAAGCCAUGCCUGCUGCGAAGAAGAAUCUUGAUCAACGGAUCACCCUUGCAUUCAACAAGUUGCUGAAGGAGAUAGGAAAUCAAGUUGAGUUUGAGCUUCCCGAUGCAUUUAAUAAAUCAAAGUCUACAGCCUACACCCUCAUAAAGCGAAAUAUAUAUCUCACCAAGAAGAUUAAAAGGCGCCUUGAGGAUGAUGGCAUAUUCUGCUCCUGCAGUGCAUCACUGGGUUCCUCUCGUGUGUGUGAUAGAGAUUGCCAUUGUGGGAUGCUGCUGUCUAGCUGCUCUUCAGGCUGCAAAUGUGGGAGUUCAUGCAGCAACAAACCAUUCCAGCACCGACCACUGAAGAAGAUGAAAUUAGUGCAGACCGAGAAAUGUGGAUCUGGAAUUGUGGCAGAUGAAGAUAUUAAACAAGGAGAGUUUGUAAUAGAGUAUGUUGGAGAAGUUAUUGAUGAUAAUACAUGUGAGGAAAGGCUUUGGAAGAUGAAACACCGCGGGGAAACAAACUUUUACUUGUGUGAAAUCAAUCGCAAUAUGGUAAUUGAUGCUACUUACAAGGGAAACAAGUCAAGAUAUAUAAACCACAGUUGUUCUCCUAAUACCGAGAUGCAGAAAUGGAUAAUUGAUGGCGAGACUAGAAUUGGCAUAUUUGCAACACAUGACAUAAGAAAGGGCGAGCAUCUGACAUAUGAUUAUCAGUUUGUCCAAUUUGGUGCAGAUCAAGAUUGCCACUGUGGUGCCUCAGGCUGCAGGAAAAAGCUAGGGGUUAAACCGAGCAAGCCUAAAAUGUCUUCAGAUGCUGCAUUAAAACUAGUAGCAUGCCAGGUGGCUGUAUCCUCUCCCAAACUGCAAGCAAUGCUGUCUGGAAAAGAUGUUUACCAGAAUGGAGGUUUGCACAUAGGGAGUUCGCAACAUGCUUUCAAUAGUCUACCAUCAUACUCCUGUAAUUGCAUUGGCGAAGUGGUUAGAGUAUCUAGUCGCACUGAUCAGAUAUAUUUUGGGAUUAUUAAACGGUAUGAUGAGUAUUCCAGAAAACACUCGAUCAUGUUUGAAGAUGGCACUGUUAAAUUUCUUGACAUGUCGAAAGAAGAUUGGGAAUUCGUAACUUUGUGAUUUAAUUCCAGGUAAUAAUGGUGGACAGAUGUAGCGCUUGACUUAACCUGACAUAUUUGCAUAGAUGUUGCACCGAGUGUAUGAGCUAGUUCUGUGCUCCAAUAAAACAAUAUUUGAUUGCACAGGGUUUACAUUUAGCAGAAUGUUGUAUGGAAUAUAUUUUUUCGGUUUUAGUUUUCUUUGAAAAAUAAGGAACUCUGAGAUGGAGGAUUAUUAUCGGGUAAGAACAUUAUGCCGAUGGGGCUCUUCCUCUGUGGCUUGCUUUGCUGUGACUACCACAGUGGAGUCGUGGAGCAAGAGACUGGUGAGAGUGGGCCGACCCUGCAAGGGAAUUGGUGGUUGAAUGAUCACUCUUGCGUGUGUGCUUUGCAUGAGGUAACAAGACAGCUCAUGUCAUCUGGCUCUGCCUUUUGUCAUUAGAAUCAGGACUGAGUUCAACCAAGAAACAGAACCAAGAUAAACACUUUCUUGAUAUUUAGAGAGUUACGUUGAUUUGAUUUGAUGUUGUGAA